UUGGCCGCGGCGCAGGCUAUGCUGGAUAAGACACAUGAGAGCCCAUGUAGUCGUCCCAAUGACAGCAAUACCUAUACCUUCGGAAAUAUUGGCAUGCACAACAUCAUCAUUGCAUGCCUUCCAUCAGGACAGUAUGGCACCACCAACGCGGCAACCGUGGCGAACAACAUGCUUCGGAGCUUUCCCUCCAUACGGAUGGGAUUCAUGGUCGGCAUUGGUGGCGGAGUGCCUGGAAAGGCUGAUGUGCGUCUUGGGGAUAUCGUGGUGGGCGACCGAGUAAUCCAGUACGACUUCGGCAAGACUGUCCGAGAUGGUGUUUUUGAGCGGACAAGCACUCCGUACAAGCCCCCUCACGAGCUUAUGACGGCCGUCUCCAAUCUACGAGCAAGACACGAACGGCAGCUUAGCGAAAUUCCUGCUCUUCUCUCCGACAUGCUUCAGCGAAAUCCGGCAAUGACCCAAUAUUCUCGUCAUGGUGAGCUUGAAGACUUUUUAUUUGAUAGCGCAUACGAUCACCAAGAAUCCACGGACGACUGCGAGCACUGCGAUCGCGCAAAACUACUGCUACGAUCCCCCCGAAAGAACAACAACCCAGAGAUCCAUUAUGGGGUCAUUGCUUCCGGCAACCAGGUCAUGAAACAUGGGAAGACACGGGACAAGGCAGCCCAAGUUCUGGGGAUUCUUUGCUUUGAGAUGGAGGCGGCAGGCUUGACAGAUCACUUCCCGUGCCUGGUUAUUCGUGGAAUUUGCGACUAUUCGGAUUCGCACAAGAGCAAACAAUGGCAACGAUACGCAGCUGCAACAGCAGCAGCAUACACCAAGGAACUCCUUCACGUUAUACCAGCCAUUGAGACAGCAAAGCAUGUGAUAACCCCUGCUACUGAACACCGAGAGUUUUUGUUGGGUUCUCUGAGGUUCGACCAACUUGAUUCCCGAUACUCCAACAUCAAAGCGGCCUAUUAUAAAACAUGCGAGUGGCUGCUCAGACAUCCAGACUACACAGAUUGGCUGGAUCCUGCCAAAUUUGACAGCCAUCGGGGAUUUCUAUGGAUCAAUGGUAAGCCUGGUUCAGGGAAGUCGACCUUGAUGAAGUAUGCUUUCGCAAAAGCAAAAUGGAAUGCGUUUGAUGAUGCGGCUGUCAUCUCGUUCUUCUUCAACGCAAGAGGAGAUACUCUCGAAAAGACAGUGGUUGGAAUGUACCGAUCGAUUCUACUCCAGCUACUGGAGAAGCUCCCAGAUCUUCAGGAGGUUUUGGACGACCUUUGUCUCACUGCUGUGAGUCUCAAUGAAUCUUUCGUGUGGAAUGCCGAGGUGCUCCAGAAUCUUUUCUCCUCUGCAAUAGCACGACUCAACCAGCGACGUUUAACAUGCUUCGUUGACGCUCUUGAUGAGUGUGACGAGGAGCAAGUGCGAGUUAUGGUGGAGUUCUUCGAGGCGUUGGGUGAUGGUGCUAGCGAAAACGGAAGCAAGCUCUAUAUUUGCUUUUCCAGUCGUCACUACCCUUACAUCGCAAUCCAGCAUGGCCGGAAAUUGGUCCUGGAAGACCAGCUGGGUCAUGGACAAGACCUGGAGAAAUACGUGCGAGGCCGUCUCAGAGCGGGGACAGGCCGCUUGCUUGCAGAGAUCAGAGAUGAAGUCCUUCAGAAGGCGGCCGGCGUUUUCAUGUGGACUGUCCUCGUUGUCGACAUUCUCAACAAGGAAUUUGAACGAGGUCGGAUCUUUGCAGUGAAGAAAAGGUUGCAAGAGAUACCCGAUCAACUGAGCGAAUUGUUCAAAGACAUUUUGCGGAGGGAUAGCGACAACAUGGCCGAACUGCUGCUAUGCAUUCAAUGGAUACUCUACGCAAAGCAACCAUUGAGGCGCGAAGAGUUCUACUUCGCAGUCGUGUCCGGCAUAUGCCCAGAGAGCUUGGCUGAAUGGGAUCCGGAGUAUCAGAACGCAGACAGCAUGGACCGCUUUGUUCUGAGCUCUUCGAAAGGACUUGCAGAAGUCACAAAGUCUAAGCACCGAACGGUUCAGUUCAUCCACGAAUCCGUGCGAGACUUCCUUAUCAAGGAUCACGGUUUCCAUGAUCUAUGGCGUGAGCUUGGAGAAGACAUUCAGAGCUCGAGCCAUGAUAGACUGAAACAGUGCUGCCAAAUCUACCUCGGACUCGACAUCUCCGGGUACUUGGCUAAGCGUGCGAUGCGACAGCUCCUUACGGAGAAAUACCCCUUUCUCGAAUACGCCGCCCUUCAGGUGUUCUAUCAUGCCAAUGAAGCAGCGGCUGGAUUACCACAAGGCACCUUUUUGGAGCAAUUUCCCCUCGGAGCUUGGAUCAAUCUAAAGAACCUGGUCGAGAAGCGCGAAAUCCGCCGUUACACGCCAACCGCGAGUCUUCUGUAUCUUCUAGCAGAGGGCAACUGGAUCAGGUUAUUGAACACACAACUUCAACACAAUCCAAUUCUCGAUAUUGAAGGACAGCGAUAUGGCUAUCCUCUUUUCGCUGCCUUUGAAAACAAUCAUAAAGAUGCAAAUGGUCAUGAGAGUAUUGUAAGCUUGCUUCUUGAGACAGGAAAGGUUGAUGUUCAUUCGAGAGAUCACAUUUACUACACACCGAUGUUCCAUGCUAUAGAGCAAGGGCAUGAGAGUAUUGUGAAGCUGCUUCUGGAAACAGGCAAGGUGGAUAUAAACAGGGCUGAUUUAUUGGGUCGCACAGCACUCAUGCAUGCUGCAGAGAAGGGAUAUGAAGGCAUUGUGAAGCUGCUUCUGGAAACAGGCAAGGUGGAUGUAAACAGGGCUGAUUCAGAGAAUUGCACAGCACUCACAUGUGCUGCAGAGAAGGGAUAUGAAGGCAUUGUGAAGCUGCUCCUGGAAACAGGCAAGGUGGAUAUAAACAGGGCUGAUUUAUGGGGUCGCACAUCACUC